GCAUGACCGUCCCCCUUGCAGUUAAUUUCGAAAACAUCGGUGACUACUUCAUCUUUGCCUUUCACGUUCUGCUGGCUACCUGCACGGUUUUAGUAGCCGGAGCUGUGGUUGUAGCUAUACUUGGCUCCAAGUCUCUUCGCACUGAAAAUCGGGUUAUCUUCAUGUUGAGUACCAGCAUCAGCGACACACUUUCUGGCUUUGGCUGGUACUACAAUGGACUUUUCGACGUCAAAGAAUUUUACCCUCAGAGAAACGGGACGUACUUUAUAUUGCCUACAUUACUCGGCGUGAACUUUAUAACAAUUCUCACGGCACAGAUUGAUCGGUAUGUUGCCGUGUCCUAUCCAUUUUUCUAUGCCCGACGAAUAACUUUAAGAGUUGUUAUUGGAAUUUGUGUUUUUAUAUGGACUUUUAAUUAUUUAACAGUACUUCUGAUGAAUGUGGUGCCUUGGCAGGUAGCUGUGGUUUAUAACGCAGUAAAUACUUUAGGUGUCCAGAUCCUUGCGGUGAUUAUAAUGCUAGGACUAAACAUUAAACUUUAUCUAAUUGUACGCUAUCAAUUGAACAGAGAGCAAGCAAGUCCUGAGGCCGACGGUAAACGCGCCUCCUUAUUGCUGAUCAUAGCAGUGACCAUGUGCUUCCUCGCAUUUUGGACUCCGGGAUUCAUUAACAUCUCUUUAUGUGGACUAACGUCUUACGGAUACAGAUUCAAAAAUAACGCAAUGGAUCCUUUUGUUGUAUUGAUCCGCAUGAACCCUUUAUCUACGCCGUCACUGUACAUCAUAGGGAGCUUGGCUCUGCGGAAGGCAAUUCUUAAGUUCCUGCGCCGUGACGCUUGCUGCGCAGCAAAAAGGGUUAAAGUAAGCGGAAGCCUGUCCUGGCAAAUUGGACCUCAAGAUGGGAGCCAACCUCGGACAUGAUGCUAUCUGUCGCAGAAGACACUCACAGUCAUUAUGCCCACCUAAAUGAGAUUUUUAUCAAUUAACCGAACCUUUUAGUCGUUAGAGUGUGCCAACAAAUUUGAAACUCCUCAAUUAAAUUGUUUACAGUUGCGCGGACAAUGGACUGAAUAAGGCUGAAACAU